CUGGGUCCAUUCAUAGUCUACUUUGAUGUGUGUCGGUUCGGUCGCCGUCGUCGUCGUCAUCGCAGUAGAGUUUCGGCCGGCAGCCAGCGAACAAGUGCUUUCGAACAGGAACAGUUCGCCAGGAAGAAACAGCCCAACCGUUUGUGUCGGGGAAAAGUGCUCCCUUCAGAUACAGGCCAGUACAGCAGUCAGAAGUCAGCAUUUUAAGUUUUAUGACAUGACGAACGGAAACAAGGCAAAGUAAAGAAAUUUACUGUUUACUGUGCUUCCAAACAUCGGCGAACUUCCGAAAGUUCCGAAAGGGCGCGGCGUGUUUGUGUAAUCUUGUGACCGUACUUUAUCUUUCGUGUGUUGUUUUUUUCUUCUGCUCUCUUCAAGUGGAAAAUUGCGUGCUUUUCGGUAGUCGGUCGGUAGUGGAAAUUUCAGCUUUUUCUACCCUAUCACUAGAGGGUGAGAGCGUUUGUGAUUAGGUAUUCCGGUGCCGGAAAAGAAGUUUCCCGAUGCCAGAAGCUUGAAGCAGAAACCUCGAAGUGAACGUGAGUGUGACCAAGGUCUAAGUGUAACCGAAAUGUUGGCAACCAGUUCUUCUUCCCGACCCGUUUGCUCGAUCAAAGCAAGCUUCGCUGCAGAAACCACUACUUCUUAGCUAGUUAGUCCGGGGACAAUCUAACGAAGCCGCACUCGGACGGGUCAUCAUCGCAGAAAAUCACUUAGAUUUGAACAGUUUUUCGAAUUACAGCAGCCGAGGCUCCCCUCUUUCUUCACUACGCACCCAAGCAAUCAGCCGUCAUGUUCUCGCUCUGUUCGAAGCCAGCUUCCACAGCAUCGUCGUCAUCGCAGCGUUCACAGCAGCAUGGUACCUGCAAAGGGUGCAGCUCAUCAAUCGGCAAACAGAUCAAAGGAGGCUAUCUGUUAAGAUACAAAAAACAAGUCCUCUGGAGUCGAUGGUCCGAAGAAUGGGUGGUUUUGUACGACGAUUCGACGAUGGCCUGGUUUACGGAACCGGGCCGCUCCUCGCCGGCGGGUAAAAUUCUGGUCAAGGAAGCACCGGAAAUGCUAGCCAUUGCUCACUGGACCGGACAAAUCCCGCGACGACCCCCGCUACCGGACGGUGUUAGCGUGUCACAGCUGAUUGCUCUCGGAUCGCGCCGGAAACGGUCCAAGGUAUACUGGAUGAUCGCCAAAAGCGAGGACGAAGUCAGCGAUUGGAUAGCAGCCAUCACAAAAACGCUGCCACCCCCACCGCAAAUCGAGCUCGUUGUCGACAAACCGCACCUGAUGGGUGUCCUCCGAAGGCCAAUCGUACGAAUACGACCGGCCACCAGUUCCGAGGUUUCGGCCCGACGGAAAAAUCGUUCCAGCAUCGAGAACAACACCACGAAGGUGAACAGCGAGGCGGCCGUUGCCAUCAUCAAGAAGAGCACCCAGGAGAACUCGGAACCGAAGGGAUCGUUGGCCUGUGCCCUGCCCUGGGGUCACGGUUGGGGUUGGGCGACCCUACCGAAUGGCAUCUGGAGCGGAGCGCUGACCUGGUCCCAGUGUGAAGAUUCAAUUACGCUGCACGCACUGCCGACCACGCACUGCACCAACAUGAUCGAGGCACCGUGUGCCGGCGGAAUCUACCAUACCGACAUCAAUCCGUUCGAUUUCCACGGCAUCGAGGACGUGGGCGGAGAGGACUUUGAUUAUGCGAUGGAUUGCGGAGAUUUCAUUUUCUAAACUCUCUACCGUCGGCUAGAGGUCGCGAAUCGACGGUCGUCUUGUUUUUUUUUUUUUUGGUUCAAAUGGUGACCUCCGUGCGCCAUCACAAUGAUAGACAACAACAACAACUGCCGCCACCUCGGUGGUGUCAUUUUGAUCUAUUUCAACUGGAAAACCCAUACAAACACACACACUCACACUCCCAUAAAUAUAAACACACGUAAACACAUUUCCCGGCACAAGCAUACUUGGCAAGAGAUCGAACUACCGAGCUCAUUGAUGGAAUGUUAUACAAUAUAUUCAACUAAAUAUUUUAGGAAACCUUAGCAACACAACCACCGAGAAAAAAAAUACGUAUAAUAAUCACUACGCAUCACCCGCAGAGUACCCCUAAACCAAAUAGUAAAGUGUAACAGGAUGUUCUGGCAAAAAAAAAUAAGUAAAUUUCUGUGAACUAGUGAAAUCGUAGCAGUUCAUAAACGAAAUAAUCAAGUCUCAGAGAACACACACAAAACAUAGCAACAAGCAAACAAACAAACAAACAGACAGACAGCAUAGCAACCGAAAACCAAAAUAAGACGCACAUCCGUGAGUAUCCACCUAAGCUUAAUCAAUGUUUUAUAUGCCAAAGAAACACAGGAGGAAAAUUCGUAAACAUAAUAUCUAAGCAACCCGCGACGACUGGCCAAUCACGGGCAGCUGAUUGUCAUUUGGAACGGUGGGAAAUUCAUUCACCACGGACGGACAAAAAAAACAAAAAUUUCUAGUAAUUUUUAUCGGAUUAAAAGUUGACAAAACAAAUAUUGCCUUCCCCCCUGCGCGCGCGCUCGCGCUAGAAAAAGCGAGACAGAGAGAGAGGUUACGAUGUUUUUACCCCAAACAAAUGUGCAACAACACAAAUCACUCACACACAUACAGACCGACGGAAAAUAAAAAAGCCGAUUUGAACAUUUUUAAGAAUCAAAAGAACUAGUGUCUAACGUAGAAGAUGUUAUAUAAAUGGAACUUGUUCGGUUUUUUCUACACAAACAACGCUCGCUCUAUUUGUAGAAGUUUUUUCAUAUUGAUUCGUUCAAACCUCUAAGGAACCAAAAACGAUAAAAAAUUUUAAACACUUGUUUAGCACCCUAUUGCAAGGUUUAAAGUUUAUAGCAGUUUAUAUUGAUGAAGAAAAAAAAACGACAUUUUGCACCCUUUCCUACCCCCCCACCUCCCCUCCUUAGCGAAUAAUUAUUUACGAAGACGAGGCGAUAAUUCGACGAAAACAAAAUAAAAACAAAAAGAAAUUGAGGUAAAGCUUAAUUCUACAUUAACACUAAAAAGAAAGGAAAAAAAAUACACGGCAGAAGGUGUACACAAAAGCGUAACUCGGCUCGGAUCGGCGCGGUCUACACUGGAACAAAAAAGUUGAAUAAAAAAGAAAAAAGAACGGGCGUGUAUUAUUACAUUAAUCUUAGCAAGUAGCCGUUAAACAAUAAACGAAACAAUACUUAGAGACUGUACCUAUCGUAAAACAAUAUAAAUGAUUAGGCAAUUUGUUCUUGAAUUUAGUCAUGUUUAAAUCUAUUUUCGAACACAACGGAAUGGCGGCAUCUGUUAUUAAAAUUUAAACACAAAACAACAAAACCAAAAAAAAGCUUAGUUCAAGCUACUCUACUUCCACGUUUUGCCCUCCCGGUUCAGAAACCUGCGGAAGCGGAACAAAAUCUCACCAACACUCUUGUCAAAACAGCAACAACAACAACCAAACGACGGGAGAUAGAAGAAAAAAAACACUCAAAUUCAAGUCGACGAUACACGGAAAAAGAGAGAAGAGAAAAAAACAAAUUAUAUAAUCACGAGACACGAGAUAUAUGUAGGUUUUGUAAAAGCUUCAGAAGCAAACCGGCGCACUGGCCGGGGCUGACAGCUGUCAGCUGUCAAGCGUAACAUUUAGAUGACAUAUUGAAAAAAAAUAACUCUAACCAGAUGUAUAAUCUAUAAACAUUACGGGUAGGGCCUAGCAAUGCGACCAUAUUAUGUGUAAGUGACCAUCCCUCUUGCUGGAAACAAGUUUUUAGAGAGUUUGAAAACAAACAAAAAAAAACCAUACGACAGCUAGCUGGGUGUAUGUGUGCGUAGGAGUUCAACAAGUCCUUUUCGGUGGCCCCUUUCAUCAAACGAAAUACACACACACACAAAAAUAAUAAACAUAGAGCAUAACCUGAACAUCCCAACCAAAUAAGUGUAAGAUGAAUUGCUAGCUUGAAAUAGCACUUUAACAAACAAAAAAAGUUGUAAACAAACGCGUUUUAUCCGAUAUAAGAAAAAUGAAUCAACUGUUUGUAAAAGAUAUUUAAUAAUAAUAAUAAUAAAAAAAAACAAUAGCCAGUGUGAUGAAAAAAAUAAACAAACAUGUGUUAGCCAGCCAUCAAUCAGUAAAGAAAAAAAAACAUUACAAUAGGAUUAACUGUUUUAGACUAUUUCAAUAGUUGUUUAGCGGAAAAGAAUAUAAAAAAACCACAGCUUUCAAAGCAAAUUUAACCAAAAACAAAAAAAAACAUUGGUGGAGAAAAAAACAAAUGUGCAUUUUCAGCUUUAGAAUCGCGGGACGAUUUUAAAGGGCAAUCAUUCGGAAUGAUUAAACAUUGAAUGUUUUCUUCAUGCCCCUCCCACCUGCACCCCAAGUUCCCUUUUUUUUCGCCGAAGACUUUCGAACCCCUGCUUCCCAUAAGAAGUGUUACCAACUGUUGCUGCUUCAAAAAAAAAACUGCUGUGCGGGAAUUUUAGUUUCAUUUUUUCUUCUUGUUUUCAUCAGAAGCAGCGCCCCCCCUUUCUUUCCCGUUCCCUGGUCAAAUGGAUGUCAAUUACUACAGGCCGGCCCCUCACCCCAUUUUCACCACCCUUCAGAGUCACACCACUCAUUCAACGAUUCACUUCUAACUAAGAAUGCACACACACUCAAACACACAGAAGAACGAUAAAACAAAACAAAACAAGCAAAAAGAAAGAAAAAAAAGUCAAGAAAAGAAACAACCUUAAUGUGUUCAUUUAAAAAAUAACUGAUGCUGAUUGCCAGAUAUGCAAAACAAACAAAUCCAAUCCAAACCAGAGAAGAAAAAAAGAAAUCAUAAACGAAAACACCUCCAAACCAUUCCACACAUUUGAAAGAACGAUGCAAAAAAAAAACAAAUGUAUUGAAGAAGCUGCACGAAAAGAAAAUAUAACCAAACACAGAACAACAAAAAAAAACAAAUCACUGUCACUGUCAGUGUGUUAGCCGUUUUGAACGUUUCGAAUAGUCGAAGAAAAAAAAAGAAAAUAAACAAACAAAGCAAAACUAGAUCCCAGUAAGUUGCAGUAUUUCUAGCAAAAGCCACCCAAACAAGCAAACAAACAAACAAACAAAACAAAACACAGACACACAAAAACACACAAACAGAGGAACAGAAAUCAAUAUCACAGAAAAAAGGAAGAGAAUAAAAACCCGAACCCCGAGUCGGAAGUGACGUUGUUUGAAAACACGAAA